AUAUCCCGUUCUACUGUCUCGCGGACAAACAUUUGCUAAUCCGUUGCAUGAAGACCACCGCCGUCUACUUGCUGACAACAGUUUAUUACGAGAAAAAAAAUCUCCGCGAGACAGCAGACCGUUUAUUACCAAACUCGCCGAGCAGGACAACGACUCAAAAGAAACGGAAUCCUGAGCACGAAGCCGACGGCGACUAUGGCGCUACUGUCUUCAGCCUCUCCCCCCAUCAUCACUCUCCGCUCGCGUUUUCAUCUCAGAAACCCUAACCCUAAUUCUCUCAAUUCGAGGCUACAUUCUUCAGCUCUCCAACGCCGAGCCCAGCGAUUCCGGUUCCGAUCCCAAUUCGCUGGCGUCGCAGCUUCCAAUAUCUGCGAGCAAGAAACCCUAACCCUAGACAGGGGUUCUCUGAUCGUGAAGGAGUACUUCACUGAGGCGGAGCUCUUGGCGGCAGUCCGCCUCAGGAUCCGCACCUUCUAUGAGUUCAAUCAGGAAACUUUCAACGUCGAGGAUCAUAGGAGGUUUCUGACGGAGCGGGAGUAUGAGGCUUUGAAGGAUCGUGUUUGUGGAAUGAGAAUAGGGUUCAAAAGGGUUACUUGCAUCAAUGCCACUUUGCCACUGUCGCCGGUAUUGGUUUCUGCGAGUGAUUUGUGUUCUUUAUGCAAGUUCUCAGAUGAUGGAGAAAACCGAGUAGUAGUUGGGACUUUAGAUCUUAACCAGUGCCUUAGUUUGACAGAUGAACUGACGGGGAAAAAACCUCAGGGCACUGGACCAGACCUCAAGAGAGCAUAUCUAAGCAAUGUAUGUGUGGCCAAGGAGCUGCAGAGAAAUGGGUUGGGUUAUGCCCUAAUUGCCAAAUCUAAAGAAGUUGCUCGUGAAUGGGGAAUAACUGAUCUUUAUGUUCAUGUUGCUGUGGAUAACGACGCUGCUCAAAAGUUAUAUGAAAAGAGCGGAUUUGUUUAUGAGAAUGAGGAGCCUGCUUGGCAAGCAAGAUUUCUAAGUCGACCCAGACGAUAUCUUCUUUGGACACAUCUUAAACAAACCAACUUGUAAGGUAAACUUAUUUUGUAUGGAGCAUUUGGCUUUCAGUCCUCAAUGUAGAUAAGCUUUUUUCAAAUGUCACAUUUUCAUGAUAGGUGCGACGCACAGUUUCAUUUAUAUAUCAUUGUUUAUAAUAUUUAUUGCCGUUUUUUCUUCAA